AUGGAUCCAGGCGUCGAGGAUGGCGUGCUGGUCUUUGCGGCCGACGAGAUCGGAAGCCGGAGUAACGUCGGCAAUCUUUCGCAGCCGAUGUAUGUGGACGACGCCUUUCACCAGCCUCACCUCCAGCCCCAUCUCCAGCCUCAGCACCAGCCUCACGCUGCCGCCUUGCCGCUUCAGUCAGACUCGGAGCCGCUGCCGUUCCAGCAUCAGCAUCAGCUUCAGCUUCAGCAGCCGCAUCCACCACAGGCCUCAGUCCAGCACCCGCGUCAGCUGCAGACGGCCGUGUCCAUGGACCAGUUUGGGCCCUCCUUCUUCGCCGUCUCCGAUCCCUACGCCGGCAGCCCCUACGCCAGCCCUGCCGGAAGAGGCCCCGGAUUCCCCGAGUACCAGUAUGAGCUCGGUCCCGCAAUCGGCCCCGGCCCUGGGCUCCUCCUCGGCGAUGGCUCCAGCUCUCCCUUUGACGGCACCGCACCGCUGCAGUUUGCUGUUGAAGAUACUGUGAACAGCGUCAACGACGACUUCUGGGGAUCAGGCCAGCAGGGAGCUGAUACGCACCAGCUGAUGCAGCAGACAUCGCAGGGGGAUGAUAUCGCCAAGAGCCUCCACAUCAACGCCAUCGACGAGUUCUUCAUCAAGAACGGUGCCCAUCGCCCUCCCGUCCCCUGCAACUACUGUCGACGACUGCGGCUCCAGUGCCUCAUCCUCCAGACCACCUCUGCAAAUCCAAACCCCAUCAGCUCAUGCUCCGCCUGCGUGGCCCUCUACCGUGACUGCAGUCUUGCUGAGCGGGGCAAAAGAGAAGCCUCCGCUUACGAGACUACACUCCCCGUCAUUGGCCAUCUGCAUGGCGUUAACGAAGAGGGAGACGGUGCUACUGCCAUCGAGGGGACGAGACAAUGGCGAAUCGAGCGAGCUGCUGGCCCGGUUGCCACUCGCUCUUCGUCUAUUGUCUCGUACAAGAGAAACAGCACUCGGUCCGUCAAGAAGACUCGCGUGCUGAGGAACUGGUUCGCCACACAUCAAGAGCACCCAUACCCAUCCGAAGACGAAAAAUCUGUCCUUGCCGAGCAGAGCGGCCUGAGCAAGACUCAGGUUAUUAAUUGGUUCGCCAAUGCUAGACGUCGGCAUCGGCUGACGGCGCAGUCGCACCAGAACAACAGCACCAAAGUCUUCCUGCAAGGAUCCCCCAUGCCCCAGACGCUGCUGACUGGCAUGUCUCCGAUGGAGCGAUGGAGACAUUCACCCCCGAACGAGGAACCCGUUUCGGCUGCAGAUAUCGAAAAGGCCAUCUCCAAUAGCCAGCUUGAUGGCGGAGAUGCAUACAAUUAUAACUCUGAUGGAAACUAUGGCACCGAUGGCGCCCCUUCCUCUGCCAGCAGUGAGUCUGCCAUUUUCAACCACAACAAUGUUGUCAACGGCUAUGAGGGGUCGUCCAAUUCAGGCUCGUCCGCAUUUUCCUUCUAUCAUUCCGAUGAUGCAGGCAUAUUCUCCUUAUCCGCACAAAGCUCCAUCCACGGCGGUGAAGGCGGCGAUUUUAUACCCCUAUCAGCGACAGCGGUGCAUACAGGUGCGGCAGCAGAGCGAAGCAAAGCGCUCAUGUUUCAAUGCACCUUUUGUCUCCAAGGCUUCAAGAAAAAGUACGACUGGGUCCGUCAUGAGAGAUCCAUACAUUUGCCCGGCCUCGAUUCCUGGAUAUGCAAAGUGCCUGUCCCCAAAGACCAGUCAUAUCUUGUUUGGCGCGUCAAUCAUGGCGAGCCAGAAUGCAUCUUUUGUGGGCAAAAGUCGCCAUCAGAUGAACACAUUCAAUCUCACGAGUUUCAGUCGUGUGCAGAACGCCCCGUGUCCGAGCGAACCUUUACUCGCAAAGAUCACUUGUGGCAACAUCUGCACAAGUUCCACCGCUGCCGGAAAUGGGAAGGGUGGAAGCCUGAUCUCCAUCUCUUGCAGCACCGGCAAGACAAGUUUGAGAGCGUGUGCGGUUUCUGCCAGCUCAAGACGCAUAGCUGGGACGAAAGAGUCCAGCACUUGACAUCCCACUUUCGGCGUGGUGUGACCAUGUCAGAAUGGAAGGCCAGCAGCGAGGCCAGCAUGAGCAGCGGGGGUGGUGGGCAUGGGAUGAACAGCGGUCCCAUUACACCCCUUAGUGAUGAGAGCGAUCCUUCAUUGCCACUAUUUGCGAAUACGAAAAUUUGA